UAAUAAAACAGACAAUAGCCUCAGUAAUGUUUAGUAUAAACAAGUUUUUUUCUUUUUUUAAAAGAAAAAUUGAAAAGUUAAUCGUCAAAAUACAUACUCUUUAUAGCUGAGAACAUACCAAGAGUAACUGGGCCAAUUGAAGCUGAUAGAUAUGCGUUGGCGCGUAUAACGGAGAUUAAUGAAAUGCAAACAGCCAUUAAAAGAGCUAGUUAUGCACUUAACGAACUUGCUUUUCAAUCACUUCCUCGAGGCCUUCGUCGUCGUGCAGCAAGCCAUAAUAUAAAUAGGCUCCCUGCUAGAUUAAGAGCAAAGGCAGCAAAAGAAGCUUACUGUUCAGCACCUAAUGCUCCAUUGAUACGUAAAAAGAUUAAAAAGAUCAAAACGCCUAGAAAUACAGUAGAAGAAUUUCUUAGACGUCAAAAAUCAAAAAAAUGGUUAGAAACUCACAUGUGGCAUACAAAAAGAAUGAAAAUGAAUGAUAUAUGGGGUCAUCGAAUUGCAGCACGUCCAAACACAAAAUCAAUCCGUGUUACAUAUCGAUCAUUUACUCGUCUUUCAAUUAUACAUGAUGCAUCUUAUAUGGCUUGUAUUGAGUUAAAGGGUGAUAAAAACGAUAUCAUUAAAGUGUUAAAUACAAUGACAGAUGCUGGACUAUCUUCUGUUGGAAGUGAAAGGUAUAUUAGCGGUAAAAGGAUUGGAUAUACUCAUUUAUAUGAGUAUUUAGGAUACCCAUUGAAACUUAUUUGUCCAAUUUCAUUUUUAUGGAAACCAAAGACGACUGAUACAAUCUGGCUAUGGAUUCAUCCUUCUGCAGUUCAUGAGGCCAAUAUAUAUUUAAAAAUGGCAAUUAAAGAAACAAAAACAACCAAUAUUCAGUUAAACGACUUGCGUGAUGACAUUUUACGAUUUGAAUUGACUGGUCCACGAUCAACAGCUUUAUUACAGACUAUUCUUGAUCCUAUUCCCGAUGAAUCCAUCAAGGGCAACAAUGUAUGGAAUAGAUUAAAAGAGCUCCGUUCUUCUUGUUCAAUGUCUCCUGGAACUGUUAUUGGUCUUGUUGUUCAAGAUCCUCGAUUAAAAUUCCCUCAAAAAGUACCACCAAGGACUAACACAAUUUCUAAUGAGAAUCAAAAAAAUAUUCAGCAUAUUUUGGAUCAAUGGCCAUCAGAUGCAGCGGAAACAACUAUUUGGAAUAAAGAAUUGCGUCAAUCCUUGUUUGAUAAUAAAAUAUCUGAUUAUGGAUUGAAUAUACGUCGUGAAAAGAACUUAAUACCAGGUACUAAACUAGAAGCUACACCAGAAGAUAGUCAAAUUCCCCUUUUAUUAAUUCAGCGAGGAGGACCAAUCUAUAAUAAUCAAUCACCCCAACCUCUAUCUUCACAUGAGUUUGUAGAAGGAUGGACAUUAAUUAUUCCCCGUGGAUUUGGGCUUGCAUUUUGGAAAUCAUUUGUAUUUGCAGGAGCCCGUGUAGCUGGAUAUGAAGAUGUGCAUGCUAUGCAUUUUGAAAGUGGUUAUCCUUGUUUUCCACAAGAUUAUCCAGGUACACGAGCCUUUGAAGCUCAUCGUAAGAUGGUUCAAAAGGCAGCAGAAAACGUUUGGCAGAGGCGCCCUCCUGCAAAACGUGUUAACUAUGCUAAACGUGGAGUUGACCAUCCAUUUGAAUGCGCAUUUGAAAGUUUAUCUACAGUAGAUCGUAUGGAUGUUAUUGAAGAAGGAAAAGAAAAUCAGGAACAUUUGUCAGCACGUCCUAGAUAUUCAUUGAUAAAUGGAGAACGUUUAGUGUUAUCUCUUUUAGAUUCUUCAACAACACAAAACUACCAAUCAACAUUAGAAGCAUUAAUACGCCAACGAGGACUAGAUCCGUCAUUGCAUUUGUCGGAUUUUUAUAUGGAUGACCUACUCAUUAAAAUUCGUGUAAAAUAUAUUGACCGUGGAAAGCCUUUAGUUAAUGCUAUGAUUUAUUUGUUAGAAGACCCUGAGGAAUAUCAAUAUUAUACAUAUCGUAUUCGUCAAAAAUCAUCACCUUUAAAAAAAAGUAAAAGAAAGAUGAAGGAAUUUUUAGAAUUAGAUACUGAUGUAGAUAAGGUAUGUUUUAGACAUAUAAGAUUACAAAGGUCUUAACAAUUUACAACUGAUCCAUAUAUAUAUAAGUCAUUUGAAUUACCUUCAAAGCAACAACAGAUAGGUUAUAUAACAAACGGUAAUUUUUCUUUAAGUCUUGGUUAUGGUUUUGGCAUAGGUGCUUGUACAAUGAGUGGAUUAAAAAAGCUUAAAUCCAUAGAUAAAUCGCAAAAUCGUUCUGUAAAGAUGGUUGUUCUUAUAAGAAAUACAUCCUCUUUAAAGGCAAGGCCAGCUCAACUUGAACUUUUAUAUUAGAUAAAUAAAAUAUCUGUCAUUUUUCAUACCUAAAAUAAAUUAAUUUUCUUUCCUCAUUCAAUAUAUAUGUAAUUGACAGUUUUAUCGUAUUAGUUGUGAUAAUAAUAUAAAGUAAUUAUUUAAUAAAUUUAUUAUUGUG